AGCAUGGUAGGGAGAAAGAGCGUUUUGUGUCAGGUAGCGUUACGUGUUUAUUUGCUGGCCACAGUGAACGUUUUAGCGCAAGCCGCGGUAAGAAAUGUGAUUAAAUGUUUUCCGCUUUCACAAGAAGAGUCAAAACAUCUCCGAGAUGCCAUCUUGAAACGACAAGAAACUAUUAACAACAACAAAAACUUGCACGUGAUUAUUCCACGUAAUUGUAACCGUCAAAUGAUCAAAGAGUCUGGAUGUAUAACUUCUCCAAAUUGGCCAAGAAAAUCCAUUGAUUUUAAAGACUGUAGAGUCAGCGUCUUGACCAUUGAUGACGGAAGACGAGUGCUUUUGACGUUUAAUAAUUUUACUCUUGAAGGAAACGAUAGGUGCACACAUAACAACUACAUUGAGGUAAAUGAUGUUAAAUCUAAUCGCAUAAAUAAAUAUUGUGGAACGCUGCACCCUUUCACCUGGCUCACUGAUUCAAAUUACUUUAUGGUUGAAAUGAGGGCGCCCUCUGACAAGGAAUUCAAUUGGUUCAACGCUACAUAUGAACGCUUUAAACCUGCUCCAGCAAAUGCUUGCAGCCAGGUAUUUACUGCAGACUCUGGAAGUUACACCAGUCCAAAUGUAUUCCGUGGUGCAAGUCAUAACCACUACUCGAAAACAAACUGUGAAAUUGUUAUUCGCACUCACCCCAAUAAACGGAUCUCCGUCGUAUUUAAACAAAUACAUAUUGAGGACUGUGCCAACCCCCUAACCGUGACUGACUUGCUGACAAAUCGACACGACACUCUAUGUGGCGCACACGCUUUGAUAUCGUGGACAUCAGAUUCCAACCAAGUCCUUAUUGAAUACAUCUCGAACAAUAAACGUAAUCUAAAGCUUGCACUGGCAUACAAAACUUCCCAAAGGCCGGCGAAUAGGUCAUGUAGUCGAUUUGUUGUCAAAUUGGAUGAAUUAAUUUCUGGAGUUGAGCUUGAGUCUCCAAAUUAUCCACAGCCAUAUCCAAGCAACUUGGACUGUCAGAUUAUUCUUCGAACCUCCCCAAGCCAUUUAGUUUUGCUGAAUUUCACCGAUUUUGUUUUUGAACCACCGUUGGUGGUCGAGGGAAAAAAACUUUGUGUAAACGACUUUUUGGAGAUGCAGGACAUUAGUACCAACCGGUUGUACCAUUUUUGCGACAGUUAUCACAACUUCUCGUGGACUUCAGACAGUAAUGAAGUUGUUUUGACCUAUAAAACAAAUGAACUGCUUGACUACACUGGUUUCCAUUUGACUGCUACUGCUGUCCCAAGGCAACCAAGUCCUGAUUGCAUGGCAAUAACUAAUACAAAUCCAUUUAUAUUAACCUCACUUAACUACCCAUCGUCUUACCCACCGAAUUUGAAAUGCGAGAUUGUUAUACAUGAGAUGCCAAGUCAGUACGUUACUGUCGAUUUCCAUGAAUUUAAACUAGAGGGCGGUGAUUGUAUCAACGAUCACUUAAAGCUAACCACUGUGGCUUCAAACACUUCUGAAAUAUUUUGCGGAGUGCUGAAUUCAUUCAGCUGGACGUCUGAUGCAAAUGAAGCAAAUAUUGCUUUUAAAACGAAUUCAAAGAUUGAGAAGUCAGGGUUUGAAGCAGCGUGUUCGGUGCUAUCAAGACCAUUUCGUACUCUAGAAAACUCAGAAUGUAAUAUGAUGUUGCGCGAGAAAUCUGGUCGUAUCCAGCUUCCGGUGAAUCCGGACUGGCCUCCACACAGAGGAUCCGAUUGCCUUAUCGUAAUACAUGUUGGCCCAGGAGAAAAGAUUCUGCUCAGCUUCGUAAAAUUCAAGGUUUCUGAUUUACAUAAAGAUCAGGAUUAUGUUGAGAUACGAGACAUAACGGUGACUGGCAACGAACAUAGAUCUCGAUAUUCCGGACAUUUAGAUCCAUUUACUUGGACAAGUUCGCGAAAUGAACUUGCAGUGCUUAUUCACGACGAAAAUGCGAUUGCUACCGUCGCUUUUAUUGCCGAUUAUGAAGCCCUUCCAAGAUCAGUCGUUGGGUGUGAGCGUGUGUUUACUGCGGAUACUGGAAUAAUCAACUGGCCUGCAGAAUUCUCCCCAGAAAGUACUCAUUGCGAUAUCACAAUACGAACACGUCCAUCAAAAGUAAUCAUUGUCACGUUCGAGGAGUUCAAGAUGGAUGGUGGAUCGCAAUGCUCUUUGCAUUCAAUGACGAUCCAAGACAGAACAACAAAACGAAGUGAUCUAUUGUGCUCAACUCAAUGGGAAUUUUCCUGGAUGAGUGAAUCAAACGAAAUAAACAUCGCCUUGACCCAUCAACAGGACAUCCAUGUGGCUGUAAAGGCACGCUAUCGUGUCGUACCACGUUCCCCAGUUUCAGCUUUCAACCAGUUUUUCUCAAGUCCAGAUGGAAUACUGUCAUCCCUAAAACACAACAGAGAUGAAAUACUUGGCAAGAACUGUUCUUUUGUUAUACAAGUUAACCCAGAACAUAGGGUUGUGGUUAGCAUCACUGACUUUCUUGUUGGAAAUAAGCAGAAGGAAAAUAAACCAAAAUUGGAGUGUCGAAAUGAAUUUGUCGAGUUCAAAGACCUGACAACUGGCCGUAACAACACAUACUGCGGAGAGUUUGACAUUUUCAUUUGGAGUUCGGACUCAAACCUUAUGAGUAUUACAUUCCACAUCGAUAAAUACCCGACAUAUAGUGUAUUCAGAGCCCGUUACAGCUCUUUACUUAAAGUAGAAGGUUGCGACCACAUUUCAGAAAAUAUCCGUGGAACUAUCUCUACGGUAAACUUUCCAAAACCAUAUCCUGGCAACAGUAGGUGUCGACAUGUGAUCCAUGCACAACCUGGAAGCUUACUGACUCUGAAAUUUGAAGAAUUCGAUUUAUUUCCCGAAGAAUGCAAAGAUUUUACAAAGAUUGUAGACCUCGGAACCAAUAGACAAAGCAAAAUAUGUGGAUCACAACCACUGUUCUCUUGGACAUCGGAUACAAACGAGGUAAUCGUAGAGUUCCACAGCAGCGGACAUAAUGUUCACCACAAGGGCGUUAAGGCAACAUAUGAACGAAUACAGCGGUCAUUGAUUGAAGAAUGCUACGUCAGACUCUUUGAUCCAACUGUGCCAAUUCAAGUUCCUUCAAACUUCGUAGUAAAGAAUGCCGAACACGCCUACUGCCAAUUUUAUCUUCACACAGACCCAAGCCAUAUUAUACAAUUGACUGUUAAGGAGUUUGAUGAAGUCAGCAAUUGUUCUGAUAGUGGAAUUGUGCUUACAGACAUUGCCACAGCGAGGACAAACGAAUACUGCGACAUUGCACACAUGUUUUCAUGGACAGCAGAGACAAAUGAGCUUCAUAUCGGUUUGUUCGCACGAAAGGACAGUCUGCCAAACUUUCUAGCGAGAUGGAAACUUAUCCCGAGGGUUACUGAAAGUUUUGUAAAUGACCGGGCGUUUAGUGGAAUACAUGUUGUGUCGUUGGAAAAUAAUGAUUUUGUACCAGUGAAGCUGAUUCUUUAUACAGUGCCAAACAAUAGGGUUGUCUUGGUAAUUGAGGUUUUGGAGGUUUAUAAUAUAAACUGCGACGAAUUUAAGAUAAGCGUUGCGGAUUCCACUUCUUUGAGAAGUAACGAUUAUUGCGAAGUAACUCAGUCCCACUCCUGGGUUUCUGAUAGCAACGAAGUCAUUGUAAGCUUCAGCCAACAAACAAGUUUUCGUUUUGAAGGACAAUUCUAUUCCUUAGUAAAGGCUCCGGAAUCUGAUUGCAAUAAAGUAUUACUGGAAUCAAAUUUGGAAUUUGAAUCUAUAAACUAUCCUGAAUUCUACCCAAACAACAUGGAAUGUGACAUACUGAUACACACAAGUAAACAACUACGUGUACAGAUAGUUUUUAAAGAAUUUUGGUUUGAACAAACCAGUGACGACGUGUGCCAUGAUUUUGUCCAAGUCAUCGACACUACCACUGGAUACAACGAAACAAUUUGUGGGCGUCAUGAUACUUUUUCGUGGACUUCCGAAGGAAAUUCUAUUUUACUGCAAAUACGAACUGACGAGAACGUUAACCAUAUCGGUUAUCUUGCUGAAUAUACUUUACUUAAUGAUCCAGUUUGUGCCGAUUAUUGUAAUAAAACAUACUUUGGACCGCAUGGCAAUUUCGUAUCUCCAAAUAUCGCCAAUAACAUUCAAGAAUACGACAACAACCUGCUAUGUUAUUACUUCCUGAAGGGAAAAGCGAGGGAACGGAUAUUUAUUGACUUUCAUUUCUUUGACGUCCAACUACAAAUGCCGUGCACGAGAGACUAUUUACUGAUCGAAGAUGUUGCAUCAGGAAAGUCGAACGUAAUCUGUGGAUCACAUCCUCAUUUGACCUGGGAGUCUGAUAGCAAUGAGGUUAAUAUCACAUUCAUAACAGAUGAAAACCAAGUAUUUGGAGGAUUCAACGCGUCAUACAAAAUGGAGUUAAACCAUCCAAGUUCAAUUUGCGACCAGGUUUUUCACAAAAGCAGUGGUAAUUUCUGGUCACCGAGAUAUCCAUCAAAGUAUCCGAACGAUUACGACUGUGUGUAUACAAUACUUGUGGCUAAGGACUAUCUGAUCGUAGUGACAUUUGAACACUUCAAACUUGAAGAGUCUGAUGAAUGCAGCAAUGAUUACGUCGAGGUAUCAAGUGAAGGGUUGGGAAGAAAAAUACGAUUUUGUGGUGCAAAAGAUCAAUUCGAUUGGAAAUCGGCCAAUAACCAUGCAGUUUUGACGUUCCAUAGUGAUCAUGUAGUAACCGACAUUGGGUUUUCUGCAUCCUACCACCUCAUAGAGAUUGAGAACCCGUCAGGUAUUAUGACGUUAGCCAUCCUACUUAUAGUUAUUAUUGUUCUUAGUUUGAUAUCAAGCUUCACAGAUGUAAAAACUGGUCGUUCAAGUGAAAGGUUGUGCGGUUCUUUAGAGGGACCUCUAACUUGGGAAUCAGACUCGAAUGAAGUUCAACUUGUUUUCAAGAGUGACGAUAUGUUGCAGCGCACUGGAUUCUAUGGCACAUUCCAUUCUGUACCUAGUUCUAAUCUUCAUGCACGCCAAACUGACGGAGUGGUUAUAAUACCACCAAACUGUGACCGACAGCUUCAGAGCGACACUGGAUGUAUCACCUCUCCAAACUGGCCUAGGAAAUCUGUGGACUUCACCGAAUGUCAAGUUAAGGUUGAAGUACAGUCUACUAAAAGAAUUCUCCUGACAUUCAAUAAUUUCACCCUUGAAGGAACAAAUAUUUGUGAUAAAAAUAAUUAUGUCCAGAUCCGUGAUGAGAAUAGCAACCGAAACAAUCGAUAUUGUGGAACAUUUCAUCCUUUCACUUGGUUAACAGAUUCAAAUGAGUUGUCUGUAACAAUGAAUGCCCUUUCCAAGAAAUUGUUUAACAGAUACAACGCCACCUACCGUACACUCGACGAAGCGCCCAAUAAUGAUUGUAGCGUUGUGCUUGUAGGCGAAUUUGGACGAUAUAGUAGCUCGGAUCUUACAGAAAAGGAUCAUAUUUUCCAUUAUCCUAUCCAAUCCAGUCCAAUGAAUCAACCAGCCAUUAAAGAUUGUGAAGUGGUGAUUCACGCUAAUCCAAAUGAACGAGUUUCGGUAUCCUUCAGGGAAAUUAAUAUACCAAAUUGUCAGCAUCCAUUGAAGAUACGAGAUCUAUUAACUGAACGCACUAAGAACGUCUGUGGUAAACAUGAGCUUGUGUCCUGGACGUCGGACGCAAACGUAGUCGUAAUAACAUACAAGUCGGAUAUACGAACAACCGUGGAAUUGGAUUACGAGUUUCUUCUGCGUCCAAGUAACAAAAGCUGCAGUGAUUUGGUAAUUGGCAUUCCUGAAGAUGGACUCGAACUGACAUCUCCAAAUUUUCCGCGUCCGUAUCCCAGUAACCUUGAUUGCCAAAUUAUCCUUCAUACAUCGUUUGAUAAUGUGAUAUCGUUAAAUUUUUCCGAAUUUACGCUAGAACCUCCAAAAGGCCAACAUAAAGUCGAAACCUGUCUGGCAGAUUAUAUAGAGAUCCGUGAUAUAUCCACAGAGGUUAUUUCUCAACUGUGUGGCAGCUACCAUAAUUUUUCUUGGACAUCGCAGAGCAAUGAGGUUGUGGUAACAUUAAAGACAAAUCAUCUUUUGGAUUACACUGGAUUUAAAGCAAUCGCCAAAUCUCUCAUUAGGCUCCCAGCACCAGAUUGUGUCACAAUAACUCGAAAAGGAGAGUCGUCGUUCGUUCUGACAUCUCUUAACUACCCAGAAGACUACCCCAAAGAUGUCUCUUGUACCUUAUUGUUGCAAGAACAUCCGGACAAAUAUAUAGUGUUUGACUUUGAAGAAUUUGAUUUGCAAGACAGUCAGCAAUGUUCAUCAGAUUAUGUAGAGUUCAAUAGUUUAACAUCAGGGCUGUUAUCGGAAAGAUUGUGUGGAGAAAAAGAACCUUUUACUAUGACGUCUGAUUCCAAUGAGGUAUCGCUAACCUUCAAAUCGGACUCUACCAACCAAAGAUCCGGCUUCAAGGCAUAUUGUACAGUUGUACAUCGACCAACAAGAACUCUCGAAAACACUGAAUGCAGUACGAUGUUGCGUGAAAAAUCUGGUCGUAUUCAGCUUCCAGCAAACCCCGACUGGCCACCAAUCAAAGGGUCGGAUUGCCUGAUCAUUAUUCACGCCGAACCACAUGAAAAAAUCCGCCUCAAUUUUGUGACCUUUGUAGUUUCAGACUUGGACUCCGACAAAGAUUUUGUAGAGAUUUACGACAUCGCAUUACAUGGAGAAACCAACAGGGCUACAUUUACUGGUCACUUAGACCCAUUCACAUGGACGAGCUUCCGCAACGAAUUGGCAAUAUAUGUACGUGACGAAAAUGAAAUCUCAUCUGUAUCUUUUAUUGCAGAUUACGAAGUUUUGUCAAGAUCAGAAGAUGGUUGCGAAUCGUUAUUUACCAAUAAAGCUGGUGUUGUAUCACUGAAAGGCACGGGUUCAAUUGGCCAUUGCAAUGUUGUCAUCCGUACAGAUCCAGACAAACGUGUUUUAUUAACAUUUAAAACAAUGAAAAUGGACAAAGCAGAUUGUGCGGAGCAUUCUUUAACCGUUCUAGAUACGACAACGAAACGUCAGAGCCAGUAUUGUUCAACACUUUGGGAGUUCUCAUGGUUAAGCGAUUCUAACGAAAUAACACUAGAUUUCCGUCGUAACCUUAAGACUUACGCCGAAAUACAAGCAAUCUACAGUGUCAUUCCCAGAACUAAACAAUCGUUUUUCAACCAAUUCCUGACUGCUCCAGAUGGGAUAAUAUCUUCUCUUGAACACAAUAGGGACGAGAUCGUCGGAAAGAAUUGUACGGUUUUCAUUCAGACAAAUCCAGAAACUAGUAUUGUAGUUUCGUUGACCGAUUUUCUAAUUGGUGACGAACAAACAAAAAACAGCGAAUCUAUAACUUGUACGGGGGAACAGUUUUUGGAGAUAAAAGAUUUGACCACCGGCCGAAGUAAUGUUUAUUGUGGAGAAUUUGAUUUGUUUACUUGGACAUCAGACCACAAUCUCGUAGCAAUAACUUUCCACAUUACGACGUAUCCUACAUAUAAUGUAUUCAGAGCGGCAUACAGGUCUAUUCCAAUAAUAGAAGGAUGCGAUAAUCGUAUUAUAAAACCAACCGGUAUUAUCGUAUCGUCCAACUUUCCAUUACCAUAUCAAUCCAACAUAGACUGCAGACAUAUCGUGCACUCCGAACCAGGAAAUCUCGUCUCUUUCAACUUCACGGAUUUUGAAAUCCAGCCGUGCGAGACCGAUUACGUCGAACUACUUGAUCUAGGCAGUGGACGUAUUGAAAAGCUAUGUGGAUCAUAUCCACUAUUCUCUUGGACAUCGGAUACUAAUGAAGUCUCUGUAAGAUUUAACAGUGGUCCACGUUCAUCUAAAUUUACCGGGUUCCGUGCAAAAUACAAACAUGUACAGCGUCCACUUGUAAAUGAAUGCUAUGUUCGACACAAUGACACGAAGGUUUUUGUUGAACUUCCGAAGUUCGUGAUAAAGGACAUUGCAAAUGCUGAUUGUCUUUUGUAUAUUUACACACAUCCUACAAACAGAAUCCAAUUAACAUUCGAUGACUUUGCUGAAGUAUUUAAUUGUUCAGACAGUGGUAUUGAGGUAACUGAUGUUGCAACCGAACGAACGAACACCUAUUGUGCAAUUUCACAUCCGUUUUCUUGGACAACAGACACAAAUGAGCUGAAACUUCGCGUGUUUGCUAGAAAGGAUAAAUUACCUCGCAUGGUAGCUAAAUGGAAAGCGGUUGUCAGGACAGGAGAACCAGUUGUAGCUCUUGCGGAUAGUGCCAACAUUUUACUACCAGCGGAUCACCAAUCAUAUCAACUACUUAUUCACACUGCACCAAAUUACCGAUUGGUUAUCAACUAUAUUCAUUUGCCGGCAAUCCUACAACGGUGCGACACUGAAAGCAUCACGAUUACGGAUUCAACUACACUUCGUACCUUCCGCGAUUGUAAAUUCUUUGAUGGUAUCAUGUCGUGGGUGUCAGACAGCAACGAAGUGAUCUUGGACGCCAGGCAUCCACCCAGUCGUGAUACCAGAGUAUAUUACACAGCUGUUCUUAAAGUGCCACCAUCUGAAUGCAGUAAGGUUCUAACUUCAGAUUCAAACUCGGAAACAAAUUCAGACUUUGAAACUGCCAAUUAUCCGGAUCUUUAUCCCAACGAUAUCGCCUGUGACAUGAUCAUCCAAACAGAGACAGAUUGUCGUAUCCAAAUAGUUUUCGAACAAUUUUGGCUAGAAAAACCGAAUCUUAUGGGAUGUAACAACGACUUCUUAAACGUGACCGACACCUCAGUUGGAUUGAUUUACGAUCAUUCGGAACGUAUAUGCGAUCGUCACCAACCAUCAUCGUGGACAUCGGAGGGUAACUCCCUGCUCUUGAGAUUGGAAACUGACAAAACACUUGCUCAUACUGGAUAUCUGGCACAGUACACAAUUCUUAAACGACCACUGCCAGCACCACAUUGUAAUAUUACCUAUCUUGGUCCUAAUGGAAUUGUACAAUCACCCAAUAUGGCAAAAGGGCAUCCACAGUACGAAAAUAAUGUGCUGUGUUUCUACUUGUUGAAAGGAAAUGUGGGAGAGAAAAUAGUUAUCGAUUUUACAUUAUUUGAUGUUGAAUUGGAAACUCCCUGUCAACGAGACUACGUAAAGAUCGAGGAUGUUGCAACGGGGAAGACGAAUAUUAUCUGCGGCCAACACUAUAAUUUAAUUUGGGAAUCUGAAAGUAAUGAGGUGAAUAUUACGUUUGUAUCAGACGAAAGCCGCGUGUUUGGCGGUUUCAAUGCAAGCUAUCAAAUGGAACCCAAAACUCGUAUUUCGUAUUGUGAUGAAAUCCUUACCGAUAAUGCAGGGACGUUUCAAUCGCCAAAUUAUCCCGCCAAGUAUGCAAAUGACCUAGAUUGUGUUUACUCAAUUAUUGCUGAUCCUAACUACAUCAUUGAAGUCAAAUUUGAGUACUUUGAUCUUGAACCGAGUCAACAUUGUACUGAUGAUUACAUUGAGCUUAGUAGUGUUGGUGAAGGAAUAACCGAACGACAUUGCGAUCACCAAAACUUGCUGAAAUGGAAUUCUACGACCAACAGUGCCAUCAUCAAGUUACACACUGAUCAUAUUGUAACAGAUACUGGAUUUCGCGCUUCUUUCAAGACUCAUCAAAAGCGAAUGGAAAUUGAGAGUUGCUCUCGUGAUCUGCCGAGACCAUCCGGUAUGUUUUCAAGUCCAAAUUUUCCAUCCAACUAUGGUAACAAUUUGCAAUGCGUGUUUACAAUCACCGUAAGUCAAAAUAAAGUUGUACGAAUUGAUUUCCUGGAGUUCGAUAUUGAGCCACCUACAUUGGGUUACUGCUCGGAUUACGUUCAGAUAUCACAAGGUCCGAAGCUGUGUGGUCAAUUACAAGGACAUUCUGUAAUUUCAAACAACAACGUAGUAGUAGUUACAUUCUAUUCAGAUGGCAGCAACACAUAUCCAGGCUUCAAGGCUUUAUACGUUGAGCGAACAAAACCAGCAACGCCCACGACAGUUUCUCCAACUCUACCACCCUUUUGUAACUUCAACGCUGGCCGACUGACUGAAAACUACGGAGUCGUUCACAGCCCACAGUUCCCUUCUUAUUAUCCCAACAACGAAUUCUGCCGAACCACCAUCGAGACGAAGAUCAACACCCAUAUCAUCGUCACAAUUCGCUUCAUGGACAUCGAAAACUACAAGCUUUGCGAUUGGGAUUACCUGCAGAUAAUCGAUGACGUAACUGGCCGCAGUAGCGAAAAACUUUGUGGCUCACUCGAUGCUCCUUUAGUCUGGGAAUCUGACAGCAAUCGCAUAACACUGAUUUUCAAGAGUGAUGACAUCCUUGCUAGAACUGGUUACUAUGGUACCUACCAAGCAGUAGCCAUCACUGAAGAGUCUCCAUUUGAAAAACCAGGUUUUGAAAAUCCAAGUGCUAAAAAACCGCUUGCUAAACCAACAAUCAAAUCAAAACCAAAACCAAAACUCAAUAAUAAAAUAAGUAUUGGACACGGACCGUUUUAACCUUCUGUGAACAUUAUCAAUUUGAGACAAUAAAUGGUCGUACAUGAUCAAGAAAA